AAUAAACCUCAUAUGCUAUUUUGUAAAACCUUAAUUAAAAAAGGAAAAAAUCUUGCAUAACAUUAAAGAGAAAAAUUGUCAUGUGAUAAAAGAUGAAAGAAUGCCAUUUUUAAAAGUGUAAGCAUAAUUUAUUUAUUAGCCAAUGACGGAAAUAAUUUUUCCUCCUAUUAAAGAAUAAAAACAUUUUUUUUAAAAACUCUUAAAGGAAAGAUUUCCGAAAGUGUUAUCAAUUUAAUUUUUAAACAUUGAUAGAUUUCCCAAAAAAUUUUUUUAAAAGAAACUUUAAAAAAAAAACACAAAUGAAUCAGAAUCAACAUGAACCCAGUGAAUCUCAAAAAGAAAAGCAAGAACAAGGUCAAAAUAACUUUACAAAUGUUUGUAAAGCAUUCAAAGAAGAAACAAAGCAACAGUUAUAUGAGGAGGAUGCCUAUGUGUAUCAGAAGGGCGAAAAUGAAGCAGUGGGAAAAUGCAUAUCCACACAAUCUUUUAGUAAUAAUGUAUCAAAUGAUUUUUUGAAAACAACAAACUCAUGCAGUUCCAUAGAGACGCAUAUUGAAAUAAAUGAUUCCAAUGGCGAUACUUUGGUAAAAGAAAAUAGCAAUAGUCCGUUGACGAAGGAAAAGAACGAAUGGCAAAGCUGGAAAAAUGAUUUACCGCUUGAAAAAGAUUCGAGUUUAUUAGGUUUUAAAAAAUGUUUUACUGAUUCUAUGACUUCAAAAGAAAUGCACCGUUCUUUUUCCUUAUUUCAUUUACGUCAUAAGGUACAAACGGAUAUAUUUAGUAGAUUAGAAAAUCUUUCGUCACCAGUUUUAACUAAGGUUUCCACCUAUGAUGAAAAUUCGAUUGCUCAAAUUUUUAAUUUUGAAAAUGACUGCAAAAAGAAUUUUUUUUUAUAUAUAUAUUUUGAUAAUCAAGACCCACUUGAAAAAGAGUAUUUUAGAGGUGAUGUAUGGUCUCGAUUAUUGUGGGUAACAGAAGAUUAUGUUCAUCGAAUUCAACAAGAAAGUUUCAAUUCCAAAACCUUAAGCGAAAAUGAAGAGAAAUUAUUGUGCAAAGAUAUCCAUAAAAUCUUUCCUAAUAUACCUUUUUUGGCAUUAAAGAAAACACAAGAAUGUAUGAAAUAUUCAUUACAAUACAUUUGUACAAAGUAUGACAUAAAGUAUACUUGUAACAUGGCAAUUGUUUUUGCACCCUUCUUAUUUUUAACAUCCGCAAGCUUAUCGUUACCUACAGCUAUUGCCUGUUUUGUUCAAUUUAUGACCCAAUAUCUUCCAUUACUAAAAAAUCAUGAUCCAUUAGUUUUAACAAGCGUUUUUGAUACUUUUUUAGUGUUACUAAAAUAUCAUGAUCCAAAACUUUGUAAUUUUCUGGUGAAGCAUUCCAUUAAGUUAGAACCUUAUUUUAAAGCAUGGUUUUUAACACUCUUCGCUUCAAAACAAAAUUUACUAGUGCUUGUUCUCUUAUGGGAUUAUUAUAUAGCAGUUAAUAACCGAUUCCUAUGCUAUUUCCUGUCAAUUGCUCUUCUUUUUCUGUACCGGGAAGUCUUGUUUUCUUGUGAUUUAUCUAAAUUACAAGAAAAAACACUUUCACUCAACAUAACUGAUCUUCAAACCCUCUCACAAGUUUUAAAAUUAUCCGAUGUUAUCAAAAAAAGAACACCUUUAAGUUUUUUCUUAAUACGUUCUUUUUUCAAACCAUGCAAGAAAACCUCCUGGUUAAUGUUGACUAGAGAAAAGGACGUAGUUAAAAGAUUUCAAAUGUUUUAUGUGACAGGAAAUGAAAUUUUCAGAAAUCUCUACAAAGCAUGUCAUAAUGAUCAAGUUGAAUCCAAUACGUUGCUUUUGUAUUUAAUUGAUAUAAGAAACGAAAAAACAUUUCAUAAAGAACGUUUCCCUUGCACGGUUUUGAUUAAUAUAUCAAAGGAAGGCUGGAGAUCGGAUAUUUUAAAUCUUUUAGCAUUUCCUUUAUCAAAUAAAGAUGCAACACAACUGUGUACUUUUAAAAAUUUGCAUAUUUGUUUAAUAGGCCAUAAAGACUCUACAUUUAAUGACAAAAUCCUUCGUCUUGUUUUUUCUUUUCUAGUAGAUCAAUGUUUCUUUCCGUAUAUUUCUGUAUUAUACGGAGGUUUCAAAGCACUCUAUGAAGCUGCUAAACGCUUUGAAAAAAAUUUAGAGUAUCACGAUAAAAUAACUUGUCAAGCCUGCCGUUCACUCUUUUCUUUUAAUUCAUCUACAACCUUAGAUGAAACGUCUUCAGCUUCGUUUAAAAAAAAUUUCAGUAAUACAUUUCAGUUACAAAGGUUUUUGUUAACAAAAAAAAGUAUCAACGCGGUGAGUUCUAAAGACCAUUUGGUGACUGAUAUAUCACUUGAAUCCUGUGUUCCACAGACCGAUAACGUCGUGGUAAAAAAUAAUCCUCUACCAUCCUAUCAAUAUAUCAAAUUUGCACGUGACGGGUUGAACUCAAAUUCGAUUACAAAUUUUAAUAAGGAUAAAAUUUCCCGUCUAUUUAAAAGUAGAAAACAUGUUAUCUUUAAAACGUUUUCAUGUGCUCCAUACUUUUUCAAUGACAAUUUCCAAUAUUCACACUUCAAAUUGACUGACUCAGUAAAUAAUUGGUGUAAAAAACAAGUGUCGUACAUACCUCUUACGACUUUUGAAGAGACCAAAAUCUGUGUUUUUCUAUGUUUUAUUAAAUUAAUUUCAAUUCCUGAUACAGGAGGUGUUGAAUUGGUUUCAAAAAAAAACCCUGCGUUUUAUGUUCCCACUCAAGCUUUAUGCCAAUUUGUUUUAACAUCAACAGAUAUUGUUAUUGUUUCAAGACUUUUUGAUCCUUCCGUUCAAUCCAAAACACUAACUCAUGAAUUCAACAAAAGUUUACAAAAAAAUCCCUUAACUCGUGUUACUCAACCUUUUAAUACGCACCAAAAAUCAGAUGCAACCACCACUGAUUUCGAAGAGCCUUUUGUUAUACAAUACUAUAAAAUUCCUCAUCAAUUUGUGGUUUAUUUGAUAGAGUUACAAAAAAAUUCAGGAUCCUGUCUUUUGUGUUCUGAUUUUAACCUUAAAAAAGAAUACGAUUUAUGUGUCGUCACAUUUUUAAAUAAUCAGUUACCAGCUUACAUUGCCAAAAGAUUACAAGAACUACUUGCAACUAAAGCUAAAGAAAAAAUGCACUAACGUGGCUUUUUAAGCAAUUCUAAUUUCGAAGACUGUAGAAUAUAAUGUAUGACUCUCGUUAUUUUUAGUCGCAGCUUCUUGAUAUUUCAAUUUAAAAUAAGG